AUGUCGGAGGCCCCGGCGCUGGGGCGGGCGCGCUCGCCGGAGCCCGCGGCGGUGGAGCGGCAGAGCCUGCUGGCCGUGCGGCGGGAGCGCCUGGGCCGCGGCGCGCAGUGCCGGUACCCGCUGCACAGGCUGCUGGUGGUGGCCCGGCUGGGCGAGGGGGCGGCGGCGGCAGCAGUGGCAGAACCCCAUGGCAGCAAUGCUUUCAUGUUUCUUCUGAACAAUAAAAGCAGGAUCUGUGUUGCCUGUGGCAGCAGUGAGGCACAGAGUAGGCCCCCAGCACUGAUGUGCUGGAACUAUAGCUAUCAACUGUUUGACAAAUUGCCAGCUUUUCUUUUUGAACAAGGUUAUCACAGAGGAUUGUUUGAAAAUGCAGUGGAAGAUUACUCAAGAGAACAAGUCUCAGGUCUGCUCCUCCUCUAUUCCAGCCAUAUUUUUCAUGUAAUAGAGUCUUGCAGUAGCACAGUCCAUCUCAUCAUCCAAGAUUUAGCUUCUCUCCAAAAUCAAGGUCAUAGGUAAGUGUUUUCAUUCUUUCCACACAGUGCUUUACUCCAGGAAAUCAAAGUUAUAGUGGUGGCACAUAACAUCCCCACCAGACUGUUUGCAGACUGGUACAUGGCGGUAGCAACGUCUCCCAGGACACAUCCACACACCUCGACGCAAUCACAGUCUACAGCAGAAGUGGUGGCAGAGUGCCUUACCCUCCUACCCAAACUGGCAGCCUGCAUUCAAAGUGUGGAGCACGAUGAUGAGGAUACCGAUGAGAGUGUUCACACUCUUGCACCCGAACUGCUGAUCCCGGCAGAGACAAUUCAGCAUUUGUGCAAUGCUGAAGAAUGUGCCAGUCCAGAAGACUUUGUGAGAAUGUAUUUAUGUCCUUCGCAGCCUGCUCUGGAUUCAGAAAUAGUAUGGCCUGUUCCCUCUCACUUCUCUGUGUGA